AUGAGAGUGCAGCAUGUAGCUCCCACUCACAGGCAUCAGAAACACGAGAUAUCUUUAGUCUUGAGCUACACAAUUUCAUACAAAUAACAGCAUUGGCUAGACAGAAUCUGCGUUCUGCCAAAACGCACAUUGGUAGAUAGGUAGUGGUAAAACAGGAAGGGAASAGAGUGCAGCUGAUCUCUCAUACAUCAGGCUCAAGGUUUAUCACCAUGAAGACCAGGUUAGGCUGUCUCUCCAAAAAAUCGGACUCCUACAGUGACUUCUCGGAGUUCCUGCCUCCUGCUCAUGAGACCACAGCAAGAUGUCUGAAACUAUCAACAGACGAAGUUGUUCGAUGGUCUGAGUCAUUUGAUCACCUUCUUGCUCACAAGUAUGGGCUUGCUGCAUUUCGAACAUUCCUCAAGUCUGAAUUCAGCGAUGAAAACAUCGAAUUUUGGAUGGCCUGUGAGGAGUACAAAAAAAUCAAGAGCUCAACCAAACUUGUGUCAAAAGCAAACAAGAUAUUCAAGGAAUUCAUUGAGGUUCAGUCACCAAGAGAGGUAAACAUUGACUACCGGACAAGAGAGAAGACCAAACAGAGCCUGUCAGAUCCCACUCCAGCCAGUCUCAAUGAAGUCCAGGGUAAAAUCUACAGCCUCAUGGAGAAAGACUCUUACCCACGAUUCCUCAGGUCCAAAAUGUACCAGGAUAUUGUCAACAGGGCACAUGCGCAAGGUCAGCGGAGGUCUGUUUGACCAAUACUGCAGAACACAGUGGACCAAAAACUGRACCUAUAUGGUAUAUCAUUCUUUGUCCCUUUGACACCAUAUCAAUACUGUGAAUAAGCAAGAAUGAAAUGACCUGCUUGACUGUUUUCUGUCACCUGUUCCAAGCAUGCAAUCCCCAUAGAAAAAUCAUAUCUUUUUGAAUUGCAUUAUAUAGUGAGGAGACUCCUGAGGGACAUGUCGGGAAAACUCAUUUCCUAAAAUAAAUCUGCAUCAUUCAACAAACGUAUUUAUUGCUGUAUAGGUCAUUUAAAAAAUUGUCACGGUGACAUAAAAUAGACAAAUGAUGUUUUAUUGAAACUGAAUAGAGAUAAAUAAAUUGAUGUCAUCUGUUGGGAUGUGUCCWAGGAGAAAUAGCACUUACCUUUUUGUCACUUCUUGUCAAGGUGUUACUGUGUCUCAAUUUGGAUGUUUUUCUUUGUGCAAUACUAGUGCAAUGCUGCAUGGUGCCAAGUGUGCUAACUGCAUGCAUGCAGUGUCACAUUGAAAAUAAUUGUUUUCUCUCCAAUAAAACUGGGGAUGAUGAACAGUUACACACUUAAAACCUGGCUAAAUUUGUUGUGCCAUCUAGUAAGCCUCUGAUUCCAAAUAUCAAUCUUAUCAAAAUGUCUCAUUGAAAGGUUUUGAUAAUAGCUUUAAACUUGUCUGCCAUUAUUAGCUGAAGGUGCACUAGUGCUUGCAACUACUAGUGCAGCUGCUGCACUAGCAUUCACACAUUCAUGACACAUGAAAACAAUGAAAAAAAUKUGAGUUUUUUUUAUGUUGAACCUUUUGGAUAAAUACAAUUUUUCAUUUGUUUCAACAGAAGACAAAAAAAAUUACUUUAAACUGUAUUUUUGUUUCGUGGAUUUUGUCUUCCUCCUUUCAUUUACAUGCUACUGCUGUGGAGUCUAGAGGUGCUGUCAAAGUGAAAAACAGCUGAUCACAGCUGUAGUAACCUGAUGUGUCAGGUUACUACAGAGAGUGGAGCAUCUUUAAAACUGGUUAAGAUCUUUUGAGUAAAACCAAUCACUGUAAAAUAUGACCACCCUUACCAAUUAGUUAAAAGAUAGUGCCCAGGGGUUUCACUGCAGUAUCCCUAAUAAAGCARUGCAUGUGCAUUAAACAUGGUGAGUGGUUUUUCUUCCUCUUUUAAUUUUAUUUGAUAUGAAUGAAUUUUUUGUUUUCUUUCACAGUUCACUGGUUUGCUGGUGGUUGGAAAAAAGUGUAUUUACAUAAUUAUUGUUGUGGUUGGAGGUUUACAUAAACUCAAUACAUCAAUGAAACUGAUAUUGUUUUUCUAUUYUUUUGUAUUUAAACCAUGCAUUAUUCAAAUCASCCAAUUAUUCAAAUCAGUGUUUUUCUUUUACAAAUUUUGCAAUUCAGUUUACAGUCAUGCCGUCUCAAGGUACUUUCCAGUUAUAGUAAACCCACUUUCUUUGUGAGCUAGAAAGUCUUGUAUGCAAAUUUUGGUAGUUUCUGUAGUCAAAAUGAACAAAAUGACCACCUAUUAUCUGUGGUUAUGCCAAACUAUUUACUUAUGAAUUCAUAUUAGAUAGUCCUGUAUUUUAAACUGGAACAAUUGUAUAAUAGUGAGAACAUUGAGCAGAUUUUAUUGAUAUUUUUCUUAAGUGUAGUUAUUCCAAAAGGUGGAGGUUUGUUAUUUUUGUAAAACUUUUACUUUUUGCAGCAGGAGGACACAGACUCACAAAUGAUGGUCACUGAAAAUAAUUGCAAAAUUGGGCAUGUGAAUAGUUUAUUUAGGCUGGUCAAUACUGAUGUGAACAUUAGGUGUUAACACAUUAUAAUUACUGACUAAAAUAUUACUGAAAUCCCGAAUCAAUUAAAAAUGCAGUAGAUUCAAUGUCUACAUUUGGAAAGUGUGAUUUGCAUUCAGUAAUUGUGGCAUUUAGCUCACAAAAAGGUUGUUAAAGUUUGCUUGAAGACAUUAAGAGAAUUUGACAGGAAACAAAACUUGUUUGUGAUUUCAGUUCCCGAAACCACACAUAAAAAAUUAUUUCAAAAGUGUCAGGGUUACCCCGCCGGGCCACGCACAGAGUAAAAAGCUGGUGGUGUCCAAAUUACCCAUUCUUAAGACAACAGGAGGGUUAAAGGUCUGAAGAAAGUUGUCAUGUCUGAGCACAAAAUGAUGAGUUAGCCAAUUUAUCUUGAGUUACUUCAGUCAGUAGAGAAAUGGUUAACUACUGAGAGAAAACAGUAAAAAUGUUUUUUUAAGUGUUGCAUUUGUUGUGGGUGACUUACUAGCUGUACUCGGAAAUCAGAAUCCUUGUCUYUUGUAUUUUCACCUCUUUUUAAUAUGGAUGUUAUUUAGUAACAGCAUGAUUAUAUGCUUUAGUUUUUAUGUAUUUUUUUUUAUUGCAUAUAUCUGCUGUCACAUGGAUAGACAUUAAAUGACARUGUAAAAAUAAAUCCAGAGUAGUGUUGUCAAUACCUGAUGAGACUUUGCUCCAUUACGUGCACUGUGCUAUAAAAACUACAGUAUAUUCUUACCCCUUAAAUAACAAGWUUAAAACUGCUUUCUWUACAGUAUUUGUACCAAUACCCCAACAUGUUUAAAGAUGUAUGUUUCUGCGCUUCACAUGAAUGUAACCUCCCCGUAUAUUUUAUGAAUAAAAAUCAUAAGAGUGUACAUAAA